GCUGAUGCAGUAGUAGCUGGACGGUGGGUGCGGCGGCAACAGAGCGCCGUGGUGACCUUGUCCUACCGAUUACAACUUACAAAAAGUAAGAACAUUGUCUUUUUUUUUUUUUAAGGACACUAAAAUGAAACGUCUGUUUUUCCUCUGUUUCUUGGCGAAUUUAUUACUUGGUGACGUUGGAAGAGUAGGAGCCGAUGAGCACGAGCUGCAUGAAGAAAAUGCAAAGAAUGUGCCAACUGAGCAAGUGAACUUCAAGGAGGGAGGAGAGUGUUGGCUGGAUGAGACUUGCAACUUGAUCAACGAUACACUACCAAACAUCAUCAUCCUCUUAGCUGACGACCUGGGUUAUGGCGACCUCAGUUUCUCAGGUCAUCCCACCUCCAGGACGCCUCAGUUGGACCAGCUAGCCAGAGAGAGCAGGUUCUUCACUCAUUUCUAUGUGACCAGCCCCGUCUGCAGCCCCUCCAGGGCGUCACUAUUGACGGGGCGGGUGCAGGUGCGAAGCGGAGUGUACCCAAGAGUGUUCAUCUCAGACAGCACACUUGGUCUUCCUCGCAACGAGACGACCAUUGCCACCCUCCUCAAGAAAAAGGGUUACCGGACUCAGAUAGUGGGCAAGUGGCACUUGGGUGUGGGCGCCGCCAGAGAGUAUCUACCUAUUCACUUCGGGUUCGACCAGUACCUAGGGCUGCCUUAUUCCCAAGACAUGUGUCCCUGCCGUCAGUGUUUUCCACAGGGCCAGCCCUGCUACGACCUCUGCUGGCCCUCGAAGGUUUCCUGCCCGCUCUUCAGUAAUUCGAGUAUCGUAGAGCAGCCAGCAUACCUGCCUACCCUGACACAGCGUCUGGUGGCCCAAGCAAAAGUUUUCAUCUCUGAUGCCGCCGCCUCACAACAACCAUUCUUCCUCUACUUCCCUUUUCUUCAUGUACAUCACCCACAAUUCGCCUCCGAGGAAUUCUACGGGAAGAGUGAGCGAGGAGUAUUCGGCGACGCCCUUGAUGAACUGGACUGGGCUGUAAGCGAAGUGGUUGAUCAACUCACCACUCUCGGCCUCAUCAAUUCUACUCUUCUUUGGUUCACCUCAGACAACGGACCGAGCCUGAUGCGACAAGAGCGAGGAGGGUGCGCUGGGCUGCUGCGUUGUGGUAAAGGCACCACCUGGGAGGGAGGUGUCAGGGUUCCUGCCUUCGUUCAUUGGCCUCCCUACAUCACACCGGGUAAAACGUCGGGUCUGGCAUCAACACUGGAUAUACUUCCCACCCUGGCGUCUCUGGUUCACCUAGACACCUCUAACUUAACUUUGGACGGCGUCGACCUCUCGCCCCUCCUCAGGGAUCCUCUCGCUAAGAGUCCCCGUAAGAUGUACGCUGUGUAUCCGCAGUCACCAGAGCAGUCCUUGGGACCCUUUGCCGUCACCAAUGGUACUUAUAAGGCUCAUUUCUACACCAUAGGGUCAGAUCUGUCGGACCCUGACAACUACGACCCUUUGUGCCCUUCCAGCCACCCCCUCACCCAUCACGACCCCCCGCUCCUCUACAACCUCUACUACGACCCCGGCGAACGAUACAACUUGGCCAAUGAUUCCCUCUACCUACCGGUGUUGGAUAUGUUGGGAGAGUGGAGAGAGGAACACAUGAAGACCAUGACGUGGAUGGAGCCCAGGACCACAACCACAGACCCUUUAGCUCAGCCCUGCUGCAACCAACCCUCCUGUCAGCCCUUCCCCGAGUGUUGUGACUGCCCUGUAAUUACACAUCCCAACCACAUCAACAGCUACCAUCAUGAUAAAUCCACAGCCAUUUUGGAAGAGGCUGCGGAAUCCACAGCCAUUUUGGAAGAGGCUGCGGAAUCCACAACCAUUCUGGAAGAGGUUGACACAGCCAUUUUGGAAGAGGCUGCGGAUGCAUAGCCAUUUUGGAAGAGGCUGUGGAUUCCGUAGCCCAACAGGCAUGAAUUAAGUAUUCAGAAGAAGCCUUUAUUCUGUCAAUGUUUCUCUUGUCAGUAGAUUUAUAGGCCCUUCAAUGUCCGAACCACCUCAACAACCCCUCUUCAGUCCACUGGAUAUGGAUAAUACUUUUAGUAAACCCGCACCUCAUCUCCAAGCUACGGAUUCUCUGCAGUCUUUAGUUAAAGAAGAAACGUAAGUGAAGUAUGGAAUAGCCGACAAGGCAAAAUACCUUUUGGCCUCUUAAUAUAACGUUUUACCUACAUGAGGCUUAAUUAUUUGAUAAAGCCUCAUGUAAGUGAAACGUUGUCUCCUGCUUGUGUGUGUCGAUUAACCAUUUUAAGAGCAUAACGUUGUCCAAAUCGAGACUUGUUCUCCAUGCUUGCGUCUUUGUCCAGCUACCACCUCUACGAUAUCCGAAGAUCUGCUUCCAAACAUCAUGUAGUAGGUUUUGACAAUAUGAAGGGUGAAUUUGUUGGUAGUCAUCCACAUAUAUAAUUUUAGGAGUUCACCAUUGACAGUGUCGCUGAGAGUAGUCGGAUUUAAGUGGGAGAUGACAAAAGUCCUGUCAUCUGCGAGCAGAACAGGUUUAAGGAAAUGUGAUGCGUAGAAGAGAUCAAGAUAAAAAACUCUGCAUUGAUGAACUCCUACGUCGACAGGCAAAGUUGACGAGGUUACGCUGUUAUUGGAGACAUACUGGUGUCUACUGCUAAGACUAGGUAGGUAAAGGUAUGGCCUCAGACCCCACAAUGUUCUAGUUUAAGGUACAGAUGUUCUGUUCUAGUUUAAGGUACAGAUGUCACUCUUUAAGCUAUACAACAAUACAGCCCACCCUCCAACUUCAACAUUAGUGGUCAUACCUAUAUAUAUAAAAAAAAAAAAACUGAAGGGAAAUGUUACGAUACAUCCAGCGCUGCCAAACAUAAGGGAGCUGUAUGGCACUUUCCGGCGUGCUCUCAAAAAAAAUCGAAAAAUUA